AUGUCCCAACUCAACGAGAACGAUAGAAGAGAUUUCGCAGCCGAGCUCGGCCCCCUCGGCACCGGCAUCUACUACCUCUACAAAGCCUUCGCCCCCUCAGCCGCCUCCUGGCAACAAUACGGCAAGGAAACCACCGGCCCCGCCCUCUCCAACUGGUGCCUCGCCUACAAUCAAUCCGACGACCUCGUCUGGCUGAACACGCAGGGCUACCACGAGGGCUACUUUGUCGAGCACAGCGCCCCCGGCGGGGCGCAUUUCGUCUGGGCGACAUUCGCCGUCAAGGCGCGUGACCAUGAGGCCCGCUACAUGGUGCUGGAGCGGGCUUGUGUCCCCAGGCUGGGCUCGCAGGCGGAGUGCACGCAUGAGAAUAUGAUGGAGUUUGCACGUCGGUGGGGCGGGUAUGAGGUGGUUGGGGAGGAGAAGGAGUACUUUCUGCAGUUGAUUAAGGAGGCAACAAGGAAGAGGGAUGAGGAGGGGGUUUAG